AUGGACCCCCUCCCACCCACUGCCUCUGCAGCCUUCCAGUCAGAACUCUGCAACUGCAACAAGUGUGAAGACAUAGGGGCAAUCACAGGGAAACAGGUGCAGAAACUGGGGCACAGCAAGGAGGAGUUGAACAUACUGAACCUGGCCAUCCAGAGACUGAGUGUGAAGCCCUGCAAACUAGCGAGAGCCAAGGACACAGCAGCUGUGCAGGAGGCUGCCCCAGACAGCACCAAGGCCAAGUUGACCCAGCUGGAGGCUGCCCUGCACCAGGCCAAGCAGGACAUGGUGCGGCAGCUGCGUGAGUACCAGGAGCUGAUAAUUGUCAAGCUGGGCCUGGACUUUGAGAUUGCCACCUACUGCAAGCUGCUGGAGGGCCAGGAGAGCAGGCCUGGUCUGGGAUUUGGGGCAGGGAGCGUCAGUAAGUAAAUAAUAAGUCUCACCUGGAUUAGGGGUCACCCUCCCUCCCCCCUUUGUGUGCAUUCUCCACUCUCUUGGGCAGGGGGAAGGGGUCUGUUUCUGGGCAGCAGGGGUGUCUGGGACUGUGUGCCUCUCCUUUAUGGGGGGCCGUUUAUUCUCUUGGGGGUGACUCUUUGGGGGUCUCCGUGUGUGUUGAGGGUAUGGACUCCCGCGGUCUGUUCUUUGGGGAAGGUUUGUGGGUCUGUCCUUGUGGAAGAGACUGUUUU